AGAACACACAGCAAAACAACAUAAUUAACUUACCCAAACAAGAAACCCAAGAAUCCAAAAUGGAAAUGCUCAGGGCAAUAAUUCUCAUCAUAUUUCCAAUCUUAGGGUUUAUAUUAAUCUUCUCAUUUUCAACAAAUACCCUAAAAGCCAAAACUACACCAUCCUCUAAUCCGACGUCAUAUCCACUCAUCGGCUCUAUUCUCUCCUUCAACAAAAACCGUCACCGUCUUCUCCAAUGGUACACAGAUCUUCUCCGUCUCUCUCCCUCUCAAACCAUCACCGUCGAUCUCCUCUUCGGUCGUCGGACUAUUAUCACUGCAAACCCUGAAAACGUUGAGCACAUUCUCAAAACAAAUUUUUAUAACUUCCCUAAAGGCAAACCUUUCACCGACCUCCUAGGAGAUCUACUGGGCGGCGGAAUCUUUAAUUCUGACGGCGAGUUAUGGAGCUCACAGCGUAAAGUCGCGAGCCACGAGUUUACAAUGCGUUCUCUUAGGGAAUUCACUUUCGAAAUCCUCCGUGAAGAAGUUCAAAACCGCCUCAUUCCGGUGCUUUCCUCCGCCGUGGACGGUGGAGGGACGGUUGACUUUCAGGAGGUUUUGAAGCGCUUUGCUUUCGAUGUUGUAUGCAAAGUUUCGUUGGGUUGGGAUCCGGAUUGUUUGGAUUUGACCCGACCCGUUCCGGAUCUUGUUAAAGCUUUUGAUGUAGCGGCGGAGAUCAGCGCUCGCCGCGCCACGGAGCCAGUUUACGCCGUGUGGAAGCUGAAGCGUUUGUUGAACGUAGGGAGCGAGAAGAGGCUGAGAGAAGCCAUCAAGACCGUACACGUGUCUGUCUCUGAGAUCAUCCGUGCCAAAAAGAAAAGCCUCGAUAUCGGUGGUGACGUGUCGGACAAGCAGGACCUCCUGUCGAGGUUUCUCGCCGCUGGCCACGGGGAAGAAGCCGUGAGGGAUAGUGUAAUCAGCUUUAUUAUGGCGGGAAGGGAUACCACGUCGGCAGCGAUGACGUGGUUGUUUUGGUUGUUGAGUCAAAAUGAUGACGUGGAGAAGAAGAUACUAGAAGAAGUGAGAAACAAAGGAUCUUUAGGGUUAGGGUUUGAGGAUUUGAGAGAGAUGAGUUACACGAAAGCUUGUCUCUGUGAAGCAAUGAGGCUUUACCCGCCAGUAGCUUGGGACUCAAAGCAUGCAGCAAACGACGACGUUUUGCCAGAUGGUACACUUCUCAGAAAAGGAGACAAAGUUACUUAUUUCCCUUACGGUAUGGGAAGGAUGGAGAAUGUGUGGGGCAAAGACUGGGAAGAGUUUAAACCGAACCGGUGGUUUGAAGAAGAACCGAGUAACGGUACAAAACGGGUUUUGAAAAGUGUCAGUUCGUUCAAGUUUCCGGUUUUCCAAGCCGGGCCAAGGGUUUGCAUAGGGAAAGAAAUGGCUUUUACACAAAUGAAAUACGUGGUUGGUUCGGUUUUGAGUCGAUUUGAGAUUAUACCGGUUUGCGAUUACCGGCCGGUUUUUGUUCCUCUUUUAACGGCUCACAUGGCUGGUGGGCUAAACGUGAAGAUCAAGAGGAGAGAGCAAAUGUGAUUCGAUGUAUUUAUUUAAUUAAUAACUAAUCAAGUCAUGUCCUUAUA